GAUAAGGGGUUGUAUAUAAUGCCUGGAAACUAAUUAGCGAGGCACAGUUGGCAUCUGGCUUUGGUGACAAUGAAGACUGUCCUCGUUUUAGCGGCGCUUAUAGGCCUGGUCGCCGCUGGUUACCCUCUAUUCAAUAACAAUGUGAAAACCAAGACACUUGAUCCUAACCUGGUAAAUAUUCAGAAAAAAGUUUUGUUACUUUUGGAGAACUGGAAACAGGUUGAUCCUGAUGAUGAGUAUUACAAAAUUGGUAAAGAAUACAAUAUUGAAGCAAACAUCGAAUUUUAUACGAACCGAGAAGUUGUAACAGAAUUUUUAUCAUUGUAUAAAACUGGUUUUACUGCUAAAAAUCAAAUAUUCUCCAUAUACUACGAGAAUCAAGCUCUAGAAGUCAGAGCUCUAUACAGACUGUUCUAUUAUGCCAAAGAUUUUGAAACUUUCUACAAAACUGCGGCAUUUGCACGUGUUUGGUUGAAUGAGGGUCAAUUUAUCUACGCAUUUUACAUCGCAGUCAUUCAUCGCGCUGAUACACGUGGCAUAGUUUUACCAGCUCCGUACGAAAUAUGGCCAGAGUACUUCGUGAACAGCGAUGUACUAGCUAAGAUAAAUCGCAUCCAGAUGCAGAAGGGUUUAAUUUUACCAGAAACUGCUCAGUAUUAUGGUGUGUUAGCUAAGGAUAAUGCUUACUAUUUCUACGCAAACUACUCUGGUCCUUGGACUUACGAAAAUAAUGAGAAUCUAUUAUCGUACUUCAUUGAAGACGUUGCUUGGAAUUCGUAUUAUUACUAUUUCCAUAGUAAAUUGCAAUUCUGGGAAAAAGGUGAAAAUGCCAUUGGGCCAUUCAAGGAACGUCGUGGUGAAAUAUACUAUUUUAUCUAUCAACAAAUAUUGGCUCGUUAUUAUCUUGAACGUCUUUCCAAUGGGCUUGGUGAAAUACCAAGAUUUAAUUGGAAUGAUAGGCUACAGGCUGGUUACUAUCCGCUUUUGACCACUCACCAGAUACCUUUCGCUCAAAGAAACGGCGAUUACUACUUGGCUAAUGAUGAUAAUAUUGAAGACAUUCAGUUUGUUGAUAGUUAUGAGAAAACCUUCCUACAGUUUUUACAGAAGGGCCAGUUUAAGGCUUACAAGCAAGAAGUUGAUCUAUACAACUCGAAAUCGGUAAACUUCGUUGGCAACUAUUGGCAAGCUAAUGUAGAUCUCUACGAAAAGGUACCGCAAAGAAACUACCUUCGAUCAUAUGAAGACGCUGCACGUCGUAUUCUCGGUGCAGCUCCAAGAAAUUCGUAUGAAAACUUGAACGUACCUACAGCUUUGGACUUUUACCAGACCUCACUGCGAGAUCCUGCCUUUUACCAGCUUUAUGCGAAGAUUUUAGAUUUCAUUAAUCAGUACAAGGAGUAUUUGGAGCCUUACACUCAGGAUGUGCUUCAUUUUGUCGGCGUCAAGAUUAACGACGUAAAAGUUGAUAAGCUAGUCACUUACUUCGAAUAUUUCGACUGGAAUGCUACCAACGCUGUUUACUUGUCCGAACAACAACUCGAUACCGGGUCUCCUUCAUACAUCGUCCGCCAACCUCGAUUGAAUAAUCAGCCAUUUACUGUAACUAUUGAUAUCAAGUCAGAUGUUGAAUCCGAAGCUGUCAUCAAGAUCUUUAUCGGUCCCAAAUAUGAUGGUAAUGGUUAUCCUAUUGACUUAGAAAAUAACUGGGUGAAUUUAGUAGAAAUAGAUUGGUUCACUCAUAAACUUACCUCAGGACAAAAUAAGAUUGAACGUAAAUCUGAAAAUUUCUUCUGGUUUAAAGAAGACUCUGUGUCAGUAUCUAAAAUUUACGAGCUCUUGAACAAUGGCCAAGUGCCACGGUAUAUGAUUGAGAAAUUUUUAUUAUUACCUAGAAGGCUACUGCUUCCUAGAGGUACCGAGGGAGGUGUUCCAUUCCAGUUCUUCGUAUUUGUUUAUCCAUACCAAGCUCCGUACAAAGAAUGGGAACCGAUGAAAGAAUUCGUAGUAGACAAUAAGCCUUUUGGCUAUCCGUUCGAUCGUCCAGUAACUGAAUCUUACUACUUUACUCAGCCUAACAUGUACUUCAAGGAUGUUUACAUUUAUCAAGAAGGUGAAGAGUACCCAUAUUAUACUUCUUACUGGAGCCAAAACCAAGUCCCCAAACACUAAAAGGAGAGAAAAAGAUUUCUCAGGUAAUGUUUAUGAAAUAACAAUAUGUUAAUAAAAUAAAUAUGAUGUACUAAAAUUAAAA